AUGCCCCCGGAGCCAUUUAAGCCCUACGGCUCCCCGCCACCGUUCGAUUUUGACGAAUAUAAGGACGCCUUUGAGCUCUGGCAGCGCCAGUGGACUAUAUUUUUGGCCUUAUCUACCAUCGAUACAGCCCUUCCUCAAGCGGACCGCGCGUCCUAUAAGGCAAAUAUCCUGCUGUCCUGCUUAUCGAAGCCUACUUUACAGGCCAUCUGCACGAUGGGCCUGUCUGAUAUCGAACUUGGUGACCCCGAUAUUAUCAUCGGCAAACUUCGUGAACGGUGUAACGCUGGGAGGAAUUGCCACGUUUGGCGCCAACAAUUCGCCCUUCGUAUACAACGUGAAAAAGAAUCCGUAGACAGUUGGGUUUGCGAGCUGCGCGAUCUCGCACAAAAAUGCGAAUUCAACACGGAUUGUUGCAACAAAUGCCAGGACACCCGGUUGUUGGGCCAAAUCAUUUACGGCGUCCACAGUGAUGAAGUUCGGCGUAAGUUGUUGCAGGAAGGCGCUACACUAUCCCUCACCAACGCUUUAACAACACUGCGCACGGCCGAAGCAACACAAAUGCAGGCAGCUAACCUGCGGCAAAACGAUCCACCAUCUAUCCAGCAAAUCAAAAACAAUACCGUCAAAACCGACUCAAAGUCCGCUGCUCGUUCCCCACACCCAGCUUUCCAACGCAACUUCCGGCGUGGCCCACCAGCAGGUGCCCCACCACACGGAUGUUGGAACUGCGGAGCCGACUCGUUCCACCCAAAGUCUGAAUGCCCAGCCAAUGGAAAAGAAUGUGGCGGCUGUGGCAUAAUAGGCCAUUUUCAAAAAGUCUGCUCACGAAAAUCUUCGAAACCCGAGACAGCGGGAAGUAUCGUCAUCGGAUCCAUUUUACCAGGGGAACUUAUUGAAACCAGCGUCUCGCCUGCCGACAGCGACACGCCCACAGCAGUGCUCUUCCUGCCCGACACGGGCGCCUCGAUUGAUGCCGUACCACAUGCACUUCACCAAUCGCGAUUCGCCGCGACUCCACUUUGCCCCAUCACAACGCGAGCCGUAACGGCGACUGGCGAUGCCAUAACGUCAUUUGGCACCUUCCAGGCAACCAUUAGCGUAGGACCCGUCAACGGAGGCACGCCAGUACUUACCACCAUUCACGUCCUUAAAAAUCUCCAGCAACCAGUUCUAUCAAAAGAAACGCAGAAAAAACUCGGCAUCCUACCCCUGGAUUACCCCCAUUGGCGCGUUCAGCAAAUCACAGCCCAUCCUACGGAUUUAGAGAAAGCUAAUAAGCUGAAAUAUUUAAUGGCUGCCCAUCCCCUCAUCUUCGACGGUAUAUGUCGCCCCAUGGUAGGCCCUCCCUGCCACUUCCAGUUAGCCGACGGGGCCAUACCAUCCGCGAUGAGAGGUUCGCGACCAGUCUCCGUCCCGUUGCUCCCAAAACUCAAAACAGAGCUGGAUUCGCUCGAGGAGCAACAAAUCAUCUGCAAGGUCACCGAGCCGACAGCAUGGGUCCACCCUAUGGUCAUUGCUCCGAAAAAGGACGGCGGCAUACGCGUAUGUGUCGAUUUUACCCCCCUUAACGCCUUCAUCGUCCGACCAACAUUCGAAACGGCCACCCCGUUCCAGGCCGUCCGUUCGAUUCCGGCCGGGAUGCGCUUUUUCACCGUCAUCGACGCGUUGAAAGGAUACCACCAGGUGCCAUUAGACGACGAGUCAGCGACGAUGACCACCUUCUCAACCCCGUUUGGCCGCUACAUGUACCGCCGGUUGCCUUUCGGUGUUUGCCACGCCGCUGACGACUACAGCCGACGCGUUUCGGCUGUAUUCGAUGAUAUUCCAAAUUGCCGUCGGAUAAUUGAAGACAUCCUCAUAUUCUCCGAGACAUACUAG